GCAACCGGCGAAGGGACAGCUGAGGGUGCUCAGGGUGCCGGUGGCUGCUGGCACCCAGCGCAGCGUGGGGAGGGCAGGGUCCCCUUUGCUCCCCCUGGCCCGGCUCCAGGUCCCCGACACACAUGGUGAGCAGGUUGCCUUCUCAAAAGCGUCCCCAAAGGUCAUCGACUGUCCGGUAGCCCCGGCCGCGCUGCCGCGACCUCGCCAGUGCCGGCAGACUUUGGUCCUCGCUUGCCUCUGAACCAGGCACCAGCAGCCAUGGAGCCGGUGGGCACCGUCACCACCAUCCUCCUUAUCCUGGUGGUCAUGGCCCUCGUGGCCAGGUGGAAAAAGGAAUGGCGGAGCCAAAAUUACCCGCCGGGGCCGCUGGCGCUGCCGGUCAUCGGGAACCUGCUGCAGCUCAGGGCUGCCGACACCUGCAAGACCUUCCGCAAGCUGAGCAAGAAGUACGGCCCCAUCUUCACCCUGCACUUCGGCUCGGAGCGGGCGGUGGUGGUCUUCGGCUACGAGGUGGUGCGGGAGGUUUUGCUGAACCGCGGGGAUGAAUUCACCGACCGGGGUCGGUUCCCGUUGACGGAAAAAUACAGCAAGGAUCUCGGCAUCUUCAUGAGCAAUGGGGAGAUGUGGGUGCAGACCCGGCGCUUCACCCUCACCACGCUGCGGGAUUUUGGCAUGGGCAAGAGGAGCGUGGAGGAGUGGGUCCAGGAGGAGAUGGGGCUGCUGCUGCAGGAGCUGGCGCAGACCAAAGGGCAGCCCUUCAACCCUGCCAUGCUGCUGAGCGCAGCCGUGGGCAACACCAUCUGCCGCAUCCUCUUCGGCGAGCGCUUCGGCUAUGGCGAUGAAGAGUACCGCCGCAUCCUCCGGUGCCUUGCCGAAAAUUUCCGCUUGGAGAGCUCCAUUGCCGGGCAGCUCUACACCAUCCUGCCCAGCUUGAUGAACCACCUGCCCGGCCCCCACCAAACCUACUUCCAGAACAAUGCCUUCAUCGAGGAAUUUUUGGCCAGGAAAGUGGCGGAGCACGAGGCCACCCUGGAUUCGGAGGCACCCCAGGAUUUCGUGGAUGCUUUCUUCUGCAGGAUGGAGCAGGAGAAGGGGAACCCCGAGACGGCUUUCAGACGGGACAACAUGCACACGAUGGCAUUUGACAUGUUCGUGUCCGGGAUGGAGAGCACCAGCAUCACCCUCCGCUACUGCCUGAUGCUGCUGCUGGAGCACCCCGAGGUGGCAGGGAAGGUGCAGGAGGAGAUUGAGCGGGUGAUGGGGAGGGAGCGGACCCCCAGCCUGCAGGACCGGGGGGCGAUGCCCUACACCGAAGCCGUCCUUCAUGAGACGUUGCGGUUCCUCGACCUCGCCUUCAUCCGGAGGAGGAAGUGGGAUAUGCAGCCCAGUGGCUUCAUCAUCCCCAAGGGUUGCACCAUCUACCCCAUCCUGAGCUCGGCCCUGCAGGACCCCCGCCACUUCAAAAACCCUGAAGUCUUCGACCCCCAUCACUUUUUGGAUGAAAAGGGGGGGUUCAAGAAGAGCGAAGCCUUCUUGCCCUUCUCUGCAGGGAAGCGUAUGUGCCUGGGGGAGAGCCUGGCACGGGCGCAGCUCUUCCUCUUCCUCACCGCCAUCCUGCAGCGCUUCCAGCUCCGGCACCCCCCCGGCCGCCCCCACCUCGACCUGCGUCCCGAAGUCAGCGGCAUCAUGAACAUCCCCCGGCCCUUUGAGCUUUGCUUCUGCCCCUGCUGAUGUGCCAUCUCAGGGUUGGGGGAGGGCACAUCACACCCCAGGAUGGAGACACCCCCCCUCCUGAUACGUUUGCACCCCUGCAGCGUAACGGCUUGUCCCCCCUAUAAACAGCAUUUUCCCUCUGCAA